UCUUGUGUGGUGCAGUGUGACUUCUUUUGUGGUGGGUUUGAGAGAACUUCGAUAUUACGGGCAGUAUUUCCAUCAGAGAACAAAGGAUCAGAAGAGAACAAGAGAUAUGUCCACUACAAAGAAUAUUGUGUUACUACCAGGGGACCACAUCGGUACGGAGGUUGUUGCGGAGGCGGUGAAGGUCUUGAAGGCCAUCAGCGAGGUGAGACCGGAGGUGGAGUUCAAGUUCGAGAAGCACUUGAUUGGCGGGGCGGCGAUUGACGCGACAGGCGUGCCACUACCGGAGGAGGCGUUGGCUGCGGCCAAGAAGGCGGAUGCAGUUCUUCUCGGUGCUGUCGGGGGUCCUAAGUGGGGCACCGGGAGCGUGAGACCGGAGCAGGGGUUGUUGCAGAUCCGGAAGGCGCUGAACUUGUAUGCGAACUUGAGACCGUGCCACUUUGCGAGCGACAAGCUCCUCGGGUUGUCGCCGUUGAGAAGCGAGAUUGUCAAGGGCACGGACAUCUUGAUUGUGAGGGAGCUUGUUGGCGGGAUCUACUUUGGCGAGCGCGAGGAGGACGACGGCAGCGGGAAGGCGUGGGACACGGAGGCGUACUCGGUGCCGGAGGUGCAGCGGAUCACGCGGAUGGCGGCGUUCUUGGCGCUGCAGAGCGACCCUCCGCUUCCGAUCUGGUCGGUGGACAAGGCAAACGUCUUGGCCAGCUCCCGCUUGUGGAGAAAGACGGUCGAGAAGACCAUCCGCGAGGAGUUCCCGCAGCUCACCGUGCAGAACCAGUUGGUGGACAGCGCCGCGAUGAUCCUCGUCAAGUCGCCCACCACCUUGAACGGCGUGGUCAUCACGUCCAACAUGUUUGGCGACAUCUUGUCCGACGAGGCGAGCGUCAUUCCGGGCUCGCUCGGCCUCCUCCCUUCUGCGUCCUUGGCCUCGCUUCCGGACACCAACAAGGCCUUUGGUCUCUACGAGCCCUGCCACGGCUCUGCCCCCGACUUGCCUGCCAACAAGGCCAACCCGGUUGCCACUGUUCUCUCUGCCGCCAUGAUGCUGAAGUUGAGCUUGGACCUCGUUCCCGAGGGGAAGGCGCUUGAGCAGGCUGUGAAGAACGUUCUCGACGCCGGCAUCAUGACCGGCGACCUCGGCGGCCACGCCGGCACCUCCGAGGUCGGCGACGCCAUUGCCCGUGAGGUGAAGAAGCUUCUUGCCUGAUUGCGCCGAGCCCCCGAGCCGUCGCGUCGCUGCUCCUCGUGUAUAGAACCGUACAGAAAAACAGUGUAUAGGGAACCGAGCGUACGUCUCAAAUGCCAGAGCGCCAGAGCGCCAGAGCGCCAGAGCGCCAAAACGCCAAAGCCCUAGACCGCCCGUUUCCGACUAGUCUGGGCUCGUUACCGGCCGCCGUUCGCGCCGCCGUCUGCUCUGUUUACGUUGGGCCCCACUUUCGCACGAGCCGCCCGAGCCCCGGGUGUCCCGGAAACCGCGCCGCAUCGCGGUGGCGCAGUUGCACCGCCUGCGCCGUUCUGUUGACAUGCGGGGCGCGGGGCCGUCGCGCCGGCGUGGCGCGCCUUCGGGACACUCCAUUCCUGUGGAAAGACGUAGAAGGAGGAGGUCCGGGCGGUGCAGCGAACAUUUCUGCCCCGG